GCAAUCGGAAAAUUUAUACAAAUACAGAGACCAACACCUCCUUUCGAGGAAAACGCGAAGCCGAAUUUAUUCUUUGCUCAUUCUUGAUUCUUGAUUCUUGAUUCUUUCUCCCUUGGAUUGAACACAUGAAUUUGAAGCUAUCAAGUUCUUUACUCCAUACAAAUCACUGUCUCAGAAAAUUCCCAUAUAUUCCCGGGGGAUUGUCCUCAUCGUCACCGUUUGAUCGCUGUGUUUCCCGCCGGAUUUCGUUUCAGAAAAUGUCGUACUCGUCGGAAACCACCGCAACUCCUACGCUUCAGACAGUCACCAUUUCGUACUCCGACCUCCAAGAUAAAAAUGGUGAUUUAUCAGCAAAGAUUGAAGAAGGUUUUGGACCAAAUGGAUUGGGAAUUCUAUCAAUAUCAGAUGUCCCCGGCUAUUCUUCAUUGCGUCAAAAUCUUCUGCACCUUUCUCCUAGAUUAGCCAGCCUACCUGAAGAGGUGAAGAAAGAACUAGAAGAUCCGCAUAGCAGGUACAACUUUGGAUGGAGUCAUGGAAAAGAAAAGCUUGAAUCUGGAAAACCAGAUAUGUUGAAAGGGUCCUUCUAUGCAAAUCCGAUACUAGAUAUACCUACAACUGACGCAUCCCUCAUUCAACGAUACCCUUCAUAUUGUGGACCAAAUAUAUGGCCUCGCAGUGCUUUGCCAGAACUUGAAUUGGCUUUUAAAGCCCUUGGGAAGCUGAUUUUGGAUGUUGGAUCGAUGGUGGCAUAUCACUGCGAUCGAUAUGUAUCCAAAGGGAUGAAUAUAUCUGAGGAUGAAGGCCUUGAACAGAUACUUCUACGCUCUCGGUGUCAUAAAGGUCGUUUGCUGUAUUAUUUUCCUGCUAAGCAGAGUAUUUGUACCCAAGAUGAUGAAACCAUGUCAUCUUGGUGUGGAUGGCAUACUGAUCAUGGUUCCCUCACAGGUCUUACCUGUGGCAUGUUUACGAGAGAUGCUGUGGAACUACCUUGCCCUGAUAGUGCUGCCGGCCUAUAUAUUAAAACACGAACGGACGAAAUAGUCAAAGUGGUAUUUGGAGAAGAUGAAAUAGCAUACCAAAUUGGUGAAACCACUGAGAUACUAUCAAGAGGUCAUCUUUGUGCAACACCACAUUGUGUUCGGGCACCUAAAGGGGAGAAGGCUUCCGGCAUUGAACGUUCUACAUUUGCGCUAUUCAUGCAGCCUGACUGGGACGAAAAGCUUAAUUUUCCAAAGGCAGUUCAUAUUCAUCAGGAGUUGAUCUCCUCAAAUGGAUCUCUUACUUUUGGAGAGUAUACUGAGAAGCUCCUUGACAAGUAUUACCAUCUCAAAACAUAAAAGUUGGUGUUGUAUGAACAGUUUGUUAUUUACAAAUAUUAUCUCCAAAAUUGCAAGAAGAUCUAACUGCAGUAAUCUUCUCGACAUUGUUAGUACAUUUUCAUUUUCAGUUAUUGUUAGCCAGUUUAAAUUGGUCUUUUUUCAUUUUCAGUGAUAGAAUUGUUUUAAGUGGUUCCAGGGUUCCUAUGCCCACCCAUUUGCUUUUUUGCCAUUGAAAAUAGGAUUGUUGUGUGAAAAAGCUGCUAGUUAUA